AUGAUAACACGGAAAAUCGCGCCCGCAUUGGGGGCGGGAUGUGCGGUCGUUAUUAAACCUCCGUCGGAAACCCCAUUCACAGCAUUAGCAUUCGCAAAAUUAAUGGUUGACGCUGGCUUCCCUACAAAUGUCGUUCAGGUCGUUCCGACUAGGGAUAGAGCUGUUAGCUCUGAGUUGGCGGUCAAUCCACUGAUAAAGAAGAUAAGUUUUACUGGGUCCACGGGUGUUGGGAAAGGAUUGGCAAAGCUGGCUGCGGGUACACUGAAAAAGGUCAGUCUCGAGCUUGGUGGCAAUGCUCCCUUUAUUGUCUUUGAAGACGCAGAUCUUGAUCUCGCUGUCGAGGGGGCUAUGGCUUCAAAAUUCCGGUGUUCUGGGCAGACUUGUGUGUGUACAAAUCGGUUUUAUGUGCAAAAGAGUGUCAUCGAGGAGUUUACGCAGAAGCUCGUUACAAAAGUCAAGCAGCUCAAAUGUGGUCCCGGCCUUGAGGUAAAUUCGACACAGGGCCCUCUAAUCAACAAAUCCGCUGUGCAAAAGGUACAAGAUCAUAUUGCCGACGCUGUUGGCAAGGGUGCUGAGGUGCGAACUGGGGGCACGAUUCCUGAAGGACUCGAAAACGGGUUCUUUAUUGAGCCGACUGUGCUCACUGGGGUGGCAGAAGAAAUGAAAGUUUCACAAGAAGAAACUUUUGGCCCAUUAGCACCGAUAUUUGCUUUCGAGAGUGAAGAGGAGGUGGUGAGGUUGGCAAACAAUACUGAGUUUGGUCUUGCGGGUUAUCUCUACUCGAGAGAUAUCGGGCGGGUGAUGCGUCUUGCGCAGAAACUCCAGCUUGGCAUGUGUGGUGUUAAUACAGGCAAGGUGAGUGCAGUGGAGGCGCCGUUUGGAGGAAUCAAGGGGAGUGGAUAUGGUCUUGAAGGCAGCAAGUAUGGCAUGGCCGAGUAUCAGACCCUCAAAACUGUGACUAUUGGCAACAUAGAUCACUAA